AUGAACCCAAUAUCAAAGUGCUCACUAUGUUAUCAACAAAAAGCUAUUACGGAAAACAGUACAAGUAAAAUCGGAAGAAGUAUCAACACCAACACAUUUCGAUUUUUUGCAGUUUCCAUUGAAAAAAAAAAUUUUUCCGGGAAACCACUGAAAAAUUCGAAAAUCAUAUUACAGGGUUUGAAUAAUAAAGUGUUUCACGAAGACUCCCACAGUACACGUACACAGAACGGAACCAGUACAAAUUCGAGAUUCUACCAGGAUCGAAGACCAAGAAGUCAGCAAUCUGAACCAUCAAGAAAGGAAGCUACUUUGCAACGGCAUCUGGUGAUCGGUUGCGAACUGACCUGGAGAAGCAUCGGAAAUUCCAACAUGAACUGA